AUGGAGACACUCGUUGGUAUCCCGUAUACCGUGCCAGACUUUCCUGGCCCUCCUCCUACCCAAGCUCAGAUUCAUACGGCGCCGCUUCUUUCACAGCGUGCGGAUAUCAAAAUCGUCCAAAUAGAUAAUGAAUACGCCGUUAAAUAUGGCCCGGCCGUGCAGUUCCCCUUCUCCGAGGGCCAAAAUACCAUCUUUGUCAGAAAGCUCACCAGUGUCCGGGUCCCAAAGAUCUAUGCCUUGUACAGCAUGGACGAUGGCGAAAUUGAAGAUGUUGACUCUAAAGUGGAGAUUAACUACAUGGUCAUGGAAUUUAUCGAGGGCCAAACGCUGAAGACGUACUGGGAAAUACUCAGCACUGAUGAAGAAGAGUAUAUCGUAGCAACCCUCAAGGGCUACUUUACAGAACUACGCUUGCUGCCAUCCCCAGGAUGCUAUGGCUUUCUCGGACGUCAGCCUUUCCGAACCAUGAUAUUUGAAAGCGUGGAACCCAACCCAACGAUAAACGGGCCAUUUGAGACGGAAGAAGACUUGAACGAGGCGAUAAUUCUCAGCUAUGCGGCUCGUAGGCCAAGAGAGAGCUGCGUUUAUGAGACGAACAUUGACCUGCAGUGCAAGAAUAUCAUUGUCAAAAAGAACGAUAACCCGAAUACAAGUGGGACAGGCAGAAUGUAUGAAGUCGCUGUGAUAGACUGGGAGGAGGCUGGAUGGUACCCUAGUUACUGGGAAUAUACUCUCGCCGCACAUGCAUCGGACUGGGAGAACGACUGGCCAAACUGGCUGCCGAAAAUGAUGGAUCCGUAUGAUCUUGAGUUUGCGUGGAUUGACAAUAUGCAUAUGUCGUAUUAUGGUGGUCUUUAA